CAGAAGGGUUUCAAAAUGAAACUGUUUGUGUUUGUUCUGCCUUUAUUCGUCGUCAUGGCUGCAGUGCUUGCACAGCCACCUCCUCGUUUCCGCCGCAAGCUCGACGACGCCGACCACUACCGUCCACGAGGCGGAGUGCUGACAGAUGACGAGGUGGACCCCCCGGAGUGUACUGACGAGUACUGCGAGCCCCCAACACACCCCCCCCGCGCCCCCGCGGCGAGACGCCAAGGCAAUGGCUGCCCGUUUGACUACUGCCCUCCCACCGUGCACCCCCGCUCUAAGAUAUAUAUAAAGCUCAAUGCUCAACAAUUUGGCGGUGACAAUAAUUUUGACGAGGCACCGUAUUUAUAAAUUAAGUUUAUAUCGCCAGGACUGUGUUUUUGACUGGUGCCCUCCUCUCAACCAGCACUCCUCCGAAUUCCUUAGCUCAAUUAAUGGCACACAUUUCCAGGGACGAAUGAAAAAACCUUUAGUUUUGACAAUAAAC